AUGUUAUUAACAAAGAGUCCGCAUUCAAAUGCUUCUCAGGCGGAACAAGAGUUAAAAGAGGAGUUGGAGCGCAUCAGGAACCUGAAGAUCCAGGAGGAUGUGGAGCGCGAGUACCGACGCAAGGAGAGGGAUGCUGCCAUUAAGCGCAAUAAGGAGAUGAAGCAACUGCACGAGGCCAGGGUCCAGCAGAUCAAAGAUAUCCACAGACUCAUCGCUCGAGAGAUAGCCAAAGACGAGCAGAGCUUCAACAACGCCGCGCGCCAGAACGAGGAGUUCAUACAGAAAGAGAAGCAGUUGGACGACAAGCGCAAAGCCCGCGUUGAGCAGCACCGGCAGGAGAUCAUGAAGCAGAUCAACGACAAGGAACGCUCACGUGCAGAGCUCCGCGAGAAGAUCCACAACGAGGGCGUCGCGCUCCGCAUGGAGCAGGAGCAGCAGGACAAGUACGAGAGGAACGUCAUCAAGCAGAAGGUGGCCGCCAUGAGGCAGCAGAAAGUGUCCGAGAAAUACGUGAAAGAAGUGGAGCAAACACUCGCCAAACAUGGCUACAUUUAAAGCAUUGCGACACUCCAUUUGAUAUUAAUAUUGCGUUAUUGUCAAUUAUGAAUAUACUUUAAAAUUGA